AUGUUCCUUUCGCGAUUUUUCAUCCGUCAAUUGGCAACUCGAGCAGAAAUUGUCGAUGAAAGUGCUCAAAAACAAGUGACUUCCUGGAUUUCUUCUGAAGUAGCGGAUCCAUCAAAUAGGCUUUUUGCCGUAGUGUACUUGAAUGGGCGUCAAUGGAAAGUGGGUCAAAAUGACUUAAUCGCAUUACAAGGAAGUUUGCCGUUAGACGUCUUAAUGGUUGGCGGUAAACAAUUUUCUGUUUUUGGUCGUCCACUGCUUGAUUCUGUUACAGUAGAAGCCACUGUUGUGGAGAAGUCGACGACAUAUCCCGAAUUAGAAUACAUUCGUAAUAAUCACAGGCACAUAAAAAUUAUGAACUGUGAGGCUGAGUCAAGAGAUGACCGUGCUGAGGAUAAACGGGAUAUCUGCGAAGGGCUUGCUUAG